AUGACAAAAAGGACGAUCAGAGUAGCUCUGUUGAUCAAUGAUACACCCGUGCCAGCUGUGUUAGAAGAAGAUGGAACAUACUACGAUAUAUACAAACGAUGGCUCUUACAGUCGUUAUCUACAUAUCCCGAUACUGCCAUAGCGAAAACUACGGAAUUGAUAAUUGAUGGAUAUGACGUGGUGGAUAAAAGAGAAUAUCCACCUGAAGAUAGGUUAUUGGCGAAUUCGAAAAAUGGUUAUGACGCUAUCAUGUUGACUGGAUCAAAACAUACCGCCCAUGAUCCCUCCAAUCCAUUCGCCCCGCCUUUGAUUUCCUUCAUUCGACGUCUCACUUCAUCUGCGGAAUACAGUCAUCUGAAAUUCAUAGGGAUUUGUUUUGGACAUCAGAUCUUAUCGCUAGCACUAGGUGGGGAAUGUGCUAGUGGACAGAAUGGAUGGGAGAUAGGUGUAUAUGGAUGUAAAUUGACGGAAGAAGGGAAGAAGUGGUGGACUUGGCAUGGCGAUGAGGAUGAGAAGAAAGAAGACGGUGGUAGUGGACAUGAGAAAGAUGGGAAGAGGGUGAAUGGUGUUAUCGAGAAUGGAAAUGGACAUGUGAGAGUGGAUGGUCAAGGUGGUGAAGAUAAAGUGUAUCUGGAACAAAUGCACCGAGACCACGUUCCCUCUGUUCCACCGUCAUGUCACCUCCUCCUCUCCACUCCUCAAUACCCCGUUCACUCUUUCGUCCGUUAUCACCCCCUUUCCUCACCUUCCAACCCCAUCGCUCAGAUAUUGACCGUUCAAGGUCAUCCGGAAUUCACACCUUCCAUCGUAUCUCAUAUCAUAGAUGCUAGAAGUUCCACCGGAGUGUUCAGCCCAGAGGUCACUAAGGAAGCGAGGAGAAGAGCUGGUGGGAAAGGUACGGGUGGUGAAGGGUUUGGUAGGAUUGGAUGGAGCAUUUGGAAAGUGUUGUUGCAGAAUGUACCAGUUCAAGGAUAG